AUUUUUCAACUUUUAUUCGCUACGGCUGCUGUUCUGGUAGCCGGACCUAUAGUCGUUACAAUUUUCUCCACCAGAGCUCUCCGCCUCCAAAACAGGUUUAUUUUCAUGCUGAACACUAGUAUUUGUGACACGCUGGUUGGGUUUUCUGUGUUUUAUCUUGGUCUGUUUGAUGUUCAAGAGGGAUAUCCUUCGAGAAAUGGAACUUAUAAUAUGUUACCUUCUCUUCUUGGGGUUAACAUAAUGACAUUUUUAUUCGCACAGUUUGACCGGUAUUUUGCUGUUUGUCAUCCAUUCAUCUACACGCGUUUUAUAACCCGGGGAGUGAUUAUCACUGUAAAUAUCUAUUGUUGGCUUCAGGUCUAUGUUCAGACGAUCGUUGUAAGAUUCGUGCCACUUUCAAAAGCAAUGGAGGUGUAUGUUUUCGGUAUUAUCAGCUUACAAAUCAUUGUGCUCACCAAAGUGGUCAUGACUAUCAAACUGUACGUUGUUGCCAGAUUCCAGCUUGAAAGAGACCCUCCCAGCGCCGAGAAAGAAAACAACAAGGAAUCGUUGAGAAUUAUAAUUUUUGUUGUUAUAACUUUUCUGGUAUUAUGGGCCCCCUCUUUUGUUAAUAUUAUCCUCAGAUUUGUGGGAGCAGGAGGGCUGACGUUUAGGAACGAGGCCACUAAUCUCUUCGCCAUCAUGGCUCGUUUCAACGCUGUGUGCACACCUGCAGUGUACUUGUGGGGGAGUCCGGCUCUGAGGGAGGCCAUGCUGAGGACGGUGUGGGCCAGAUUGUGUCCACGAUGCAAGACGAGGUAACAGGGAAACACUGUGUGAAGCUGCAUGCAAAAUUAAACACAACGUUCAAACUAUUUAC